AUGGAUAUUCACUGCAAAGCAGACCCCUUCUCAGCGAUGCACCCUGGGCACGGCGGUGUGAACCAGCUCGGCGGGGUGUUCGUCAACGGCAGACCACUCCCGGACGUGGUGAGGCAGCGGAUCGUGGAGCUGGCCCACCAGGGCGUCCGGCCUUGCGACAUCUCCAGACAGCUACGGGUCAGUCACGGCUGUGUCAGCAAAAUCCUCGGCAGGUACUAUGAAACUGGCAGUAUUAAGCCCGGGGUCAUUGGUGGCUCCAAACCAAAGGUUGCAACGCCGAAAGUGGUGGAUAAAAUCGCAGAAUAUAAGCGCCAGAAUCCAACCAUGUUCGCCUGGGAGAUAAGGGACCGACUACUGGCUGAGGGCGUCUGCGACAACGACACUGUCCCCAGCGUUUCGUCCAUCAACAGGAUUAUCCGCACCAAAGUCCAGCAGCAAUUCCACCCGUCCCCUGACGGAUCUGUUACACCGCUCUCCACGCCCGGCCACACCAUAGUGCCAAGCACAGCUUCCCCCCCUGUGACCAGCGCCUCCAACGAUCCCGUAGGAUCCUAUUCCAUCAACGGCAUUCUGGGUAUCCCCCGCUCCAACGGCGAGAAGAGGAAACGAGAUGAUGAUGGCUCUGAUGGCUCAGGCCCCGGCAGCGACUCUCAGGGCAGUGUGGAGAGUUUAAGGAAGCAUCUGCGAGCAGACGCCUUCACCCAGCAGCAGCUGGAGGCCCUGGACCGUGUGUUUGAACGUCCUUCUUACCCUGAUGUCUUCCCCACUUCAGAACACAUCAAACCUGAACAGGCGAAUGAGUACUCUCUCCCAUCCCUGAAUGCUGGCCUGGAAGACGUGAAGCCGAGCCUCUCCACCAGCGCCAGCUCCGACCUCGCCUCCAGUGUCUCCCAGAGCUACUCUGUUGUGACAGGUCGAGACAUGGCAAGUACCACCUUACCUGGCUACCCGCCUCAUGUCCCCCCCACAGGACAAGGCAGCUACCCCACCUCCACACUCGCUGGAAUGGUUCCUGGAGGGGACUUUUCUGGAAACCCUUACUCUCAUCCACAAUACACCACUUACAAUGAAGCAUGGCGGUUCAGCAAUCCAGCAUUACUAAUGCCGCAUCCCGUGGCUCCGCACCUCCCACUGCUGCCACUGCCUACGACCGCCACUAGUUACCAUGGAGACCAGCUCAAACUGCAGGGCCAGGGCUUUGGCCUCCAUAUUGUCCCCGUCUGAGAAACACUGAGGUCAAAGGGAAGCGAGGUGGAAUCCUAAAGGAAAGCCCGUGAUGUUAUGUGAUGUGGAGGAAGGAUCAGCAAGGUU